CAAAAGCUAGAACACAUUGCAAAAUUGUUGAUUUUGUGUGUGCACCAGAGAGAUAUCACACAAAGCAACAAGCAACACAAGUUUGAGGUCUCUCUCUCUCUCUCUCUCUCUCUCUCUCUCUCUCUCUCUCUCUCUCAGUGGUGGAGAAACGUCUUUGCAUUAUCUCUUCUCUCUCUCUCUCUCUCUCUCUCUCUCUCUCUCUAUUUCUGAGGGAGAAAAGUGAGAGGCAGAGAAAGGCUGAAACUUUCUUACGAAAGAACGAAACUUUUUUCUUCGAUUCCUCAUCGGCUUCUUCCGGUGCUCCAAUGGCGAGCUGGGUUUUGUCGGAAUGUGGCAUCAGACCUCUCCCGAGAAUCUACACCACACCCAGAAACGGUUUCACCUCAAACAACGUAUCCGCCUUCAAAUUCAGACCACAGCCUCUCCAUCCUUCGAACCAUUCAGUUCCGUCAUCUUGUCGGAAAUCCCCAAAUGGGUUUUCGAAAACGAGGAACUGGGCACUGAAUGUUAGCGCACCGCUUAUAAUCCAGUCUCCGUCGGGGGAACAUGAGACAAACAACACGCAGGGAUCGAUGGAGGGAGAUGGGUUCGAUCCAGGGGCGGCUCCGCCGUUCAAUUUGGCGGACGUAAGAGCUGCAAUUCCGAAGCAUUGUUGGGUUAAGGAUCCGUGGAAAUCGAUGAGUUACGUCGUGAGAGAUGUCAUCGUCGUCUUCGGAUUGGCUGCUGCGGCUUCUUACUUGAACAACUGGCUCGUCUGGCCUCUCUAUUGGUUUGCUCAAGGAACCAUGUUCUGGGCUCUCUUUGUUCUUGGCCAUGAUUGUGGACAUGGUAGCUUCUCAAAUAACCCGAAUCUGAACAGCGUAAUGGGUCAUCUUCUUCAUUCCUCAAUCCUGGUUCCCUACCAUGGCUGGAGAAUCAGUCACAGAACUCACCACCAGAACCAUGGUCAUGUCGAGAACGACGAGUCUUGGCAUCCUCUGUCUGAGAAUAUCUACAAGAAUUUGGACAGAGUAACUCGUAUCUUGAGGUUUACACUGCCUUUCCCGAUGCUCGCAUACCCUGUCUACUUGUGGAGCCGGAGUCCAGGGAAAACAGGUUCUCAUUUUCACCCGGACAGUGACUUGUUCCUCCCGAAAGAGAGGAAAGAUAUAAUAACAUCUACUGUCUGUUGGACGGCAAUGGCUGGCCUGCCUGUGUAUCUCAACUUUGUGAUGGGUCCAGUCCAAAUGCUCAAACUCUACGGCAUUCCUUACUGGAUAUUUGUGAUGUGGUUGGAUUUCGUGACUUACCUGCACCACCAUGGCCAUGAGGAAAAGCUCCCCUGGUACCGUGGAGAGGGAUGGAGUUAUCUGAGAGGAGGACUCACCACGCUUGAUCGGGACUACGGUUGGAUCAACAACAUCCACCAUGAUAUUGGAACUCAUGUGAUACAUCAUCUUUUCCCGCAGAUCCCUCAUUAUCAUCUAAUAGAAGCGACAGAGGCAGCUAAACCUGUACUAGGGAAGUAUUACAAGGAGCCCAAAAAGUCUGGACCUUUGCCAUUUCACUUGCUCGGAAGCCUCAUAAGAAGUCUGAGACAGGAUCACUUUGUGAGUGAUACAGGAGAUGUUGUGUAUUAUCAGACAGAUUCAAAACUCAAAGGAGAAUAAGAACCUGACAACAAAUAUAUAGACUCACCAGAGAAUGGAUAUCAUCUAUACAUACAUUGGUUGGAUUUUUUCAGUCAAUUCAUUCGGGAGGUCCAUUCCCCCGUGGUUUUGUUGCUUUAAAAGAUGCAAACACAUCGGUUUGUUAAAACAUCAAUUUAUCAGAUGACCA